UCGAGAGAACUCCGCAGACGUCGUCUUUACAGUUGGGACAAACGGAUGGUCUUUGACGAGUAACACGAUCUUUGAUAGCGUUGUCGAUUAUUACUCCGGUGCGUCGGAAGAGAAGCCAGCCUCAGCUACUCGGUCUCCGAGGUGUGCAUAAUGAAUUUUAGCGUGGUCCGAGUGACAACUAUUAGAUCCCGCACAUCAUCAUCGAUUCACAUGUUCCAGAUGGACGGGAAGGCGUUGUUGUUGUUGUUGUUCUAUUGUACUCUAUUCGUCAACGGAGAAACGUCUGACGGGGCAAAGAACGAUGGGUUGUUGUCAACAUUGCUAACCGAAUUUCUAGAGUUUGUUGGUGUGCCAAUGCCGCGCAAGAAAGUGCCUGUCGACGGGGAAAUGGUUCAGUACAUGUUGAAGUUGUAUAAUGCUCACCAGGAUUAUCUAGAAGGUCGUUCGAUGAAAUCCCCGCUACUGUUCGAUGACGAGACCGUAUGGGGGAUUCCAACUAUAUCGGCAAAAGGUUCUUCAGCCGUCGACGGGCGGAACAACGGGCGCUUGAGGUUGGCAGUCGAAUUAUCUGGCCUUGACCGCACUACGAGCUCAGAACUGACUCGAGCAAGUCUGCGAAUUUCGUGGAACUGGAUGGAGAAUUGCAGGCUGCGAGUGACUUUCUACGGCAGGGUCGGACAUCACGCAGGCUGGAGAAAAAUCGAUGCCGGUGCUGUUCUGCGGCCAGAAAGGAGCGGAAGCAGGAUAGAGGUCGAUGUCAAAAACCUUGUUGGAAGUUGGCUGCGAAAUAGACGUCGUCACCAUUAUGACUCUGUCAUCGUAGACGUCGAUCCGGUAGAUUGUGAUGACGACAGACUGAUUGCGGAUUCAAAUGAACCAUUUUUGGUUGUGUUUGCGAGUCCUCGUCAUGAUCCGUUACCUAGAGCCGGCUCACGGAGGCGCUCUGAGAGAUCUGCACGCUCUACAACGAAACGAUCUGGAGGCUGCGAGCUACUUCCUAUGGUCGUCGACUUUACUGAGCGGGGAUGGAACACGUGGAUUAUUGCUCCUCGACAAUACGACGCUGGAUUUUGCAAUGGCUCUUGUGUUUCGCACAGAGUUAGAGGUUUCACUCCACACGCGAAGGCAAUCGCACACGCUCAACUUUCAUUACCUUAUAAACUUGGUGCACCGACGUGUGCUCCUUCUAAGCUACAGGGUCGUAGUAUUCUUUAUAAGCAUCCAGAUGGAACUGUGACGGUGAAGACCUUGAAAGGAAUGGUAUGUAAAAGCUGCGAGUGUAGAUAAGACAAACGAAGAUUGAUACUAAAGUGUGAAGUAAUAGACAGUAUUUUACUACUAUGGAGUAAUGUUACAAACUGGCCUUCUAGCUAGCUCAUUUGUUGAUCACAUACACAACCGUGGAAUAGUCGUUUUGGCAUACACUGUAACUAGAAGAAAUCAGACUUGAGAUCUCUUCAACAUGACCACAGAAACUGCUUUAUGUAAUCACUUUCAGUAAGUGUUUUGUGGGAUACCAACUUGUUUAGGUACACUUUCUUACAUCAUUACAAC